CAUGGCGUCGCUGGGAAGGAGGCGCGGUGUCCCAGUAAGCAGGGAGAGGGGAGUGAUGGCGGCGACAGACUGCUACAUUGUGCACGAGAUCUACAACGGCGAGAAUGCACAGGACCAGUUUGAGUAUGAGCUGGAGCAGGCACUGGAGGCCCAGUACAAAUACAUUGUUAUCGAGCCCACACGCAUCGGAGAUGAGACGGCCCGUUGGAUUACAGUGGGCAACUGCCUGCACAAGACGGCUGUGUUGUCAGGUGCUGCUUGCCUCCUGACGCCACUUUCACUGCCCGUUGAAUACUCGCGUUAUGUGGCGUUGCCCGCCGGCGCCCUCAGUGUUGCCUGUGCUGCCCUCUACGGGAUUUCAUGGCAGUUUGACCCCUGCUGCAAGUACCAGGUGGAAUAUGACAGCCAAAAACUCUCGCGGCUGCCCCUGCAUACGCUGACCUCCUCCACGCCCGUGGUAUUGGUACGCAGGGAUGACGUCCACAGAAAGAGACUCCAUAAUACGAUAGCACUGGCGGCCCUGGCGUACUGCGCCAAGAAGAUCUACGAACUCUAUGCGGUAUGAGAGCGCUCUGAAGAGGAUUUAAGAACCAAUGGAGAAAAAGGAAAAAACAAAGAAAAAAAACAGAACCUAUCCACCCCCACAUGUAAGAAAAGUGGAAGUCAUGAUCAGGCCCAGCAGUUAGCUCCACACACAUGGUGGGUGCUUCCAUUUUGAACUUUGAUCAGAGGGAUAUAGUUAAAACUAGAAGGAAUUGUUUUUUCCCUUGCAUUUCCUUUACUUCUAUGUGACGACAACAACAGCACACCUAUCUCUGUAGUACCCUUGCGCCUCCUUCCCUGUGCCCUCCACCUGCAUCCUUCACACACAUGAAGCUCGUGCACAAGGGUAUGGCAGCAGUUCCUCUGGACUGACUCGUGUUGCGGUUGAGACGGACAGACAUGUUUUGAGUACCAAGCUCUUUACCCGUUCCCUCGUAGUUUUACUGUACCCCUUUGUUGCUGAUCAGUACAUCACCCUUUCAUUAAACAUUAGGAUAUUUUAAACUCACUUUUCUGUAUUUUAUUUUACUUUUUUUCAUUAAAUGGAUUCUAAAUGAUGUCCAGAAAAGAGCAAAUAACUGCAACUUAUUUGAGAUUGUGUCCUGUUCAUGUAGAUUUUCUUGUUCAGAAGAAUGCAAGUAAGAUCGUGUGUGACAGUGAUUGUGGCUCAAUGUUCUCUUUUCAAACACUAAAAAGACUAACUUUUGAGAAGUCCCAUUUCACACAUGUAGAGGUUAAAUCCUUCCCAUAAUGUAUAUUAUAUUAACAUCAAGUCAAACCCUGAUAAUAGAAAUUUAAAUAUCGACACGUUUUGACACUACAAUGAGUAAUUACACAGCAAAUUCUAAAUUCAGACACAUUAAUGUUUAUCCAGUGGUGUGUGUGCUGUUCAGCAGUUUCAAGAUUUUGGGUCCCAGAACGAGUACUGCUCAUGAGAUGAAGUGAAGGAUGAGUUGUAAGAUGUGUAACGAUAUUCAGUUGAAUAUUUCAGACAUGAAAAAUAAAUGAAGAUUGCAAUGCAGACAUUCCUCUUUAAGGCAUGUCUGUUCAUAAAGAGUUUGCUAGAGAUGAAAGUUUGGUGUAAAUCCCUCAACAGAUUUUACAGUGUGUCAGACAUUAAAUCCAUCUGUAAUUUUAAAGGUUUGAACAUUCUGGAGGUGUUUCAGUAAAUGUCAUCAAUCAUUGUGCCAACAGGCCACUCUGAUAGGUAGGAAUUAAUCACAUAAAUAUUAA